AUGUCAACGAAAACAGAGAUCUUUCUUUAUGCCAAGUUCGAUCUAUCUGCCCUUCUUAGUCUCGCAGGAAAACUCCGGAAUACACCAUGCUCUUGCGAUCUAUCCCAGCAGCCAAAAAGCGGAAGCCUAAAUUGGGCAAUUUUCCUUUCAUUUGAAGACGGCGUGGAAUGGGUCUUUCGUUCUCCUCGAGAGAGCCACGAUAUUUCUCCGCAGACCAUAGCAGAGUUGCUUGAAAGCGAAGUUGCAACUAUGAAAUAUAUCAAGCUGAACAGCUCAAUUCCCGUCCCAGAUGUAUUCGAUUACAGCAGUAGUGGAUCUAAUACAAUUGGGAUUCCUUUUAUUCUAAUGGGCAAGGCUCCUGGUUUCCCACUGAGCGAUUUUGCCUGGGACGCUUGUCCAGAGGGAAUGAUCACGUCUCGCAAACCACGUCCCUGUCUCAAAAGAGCGAACAAAGAGAAGAUAAUGUGGCAACUAGGUGAUAUAAUUUCACAAUUGUUGAAACUACGGUUUCAAAAGAUAGGGUCACUGUUUGAGGAAAAUGGACAAUAUGUUGUGAGGAAGUGCCUCUCUCCCGCACUGAUUUGGCACGAGCGAGAUUCACUAGAUGAUGACGUCCCACGAGGCCCAUUUCAACACGACCACGAGUACUAUGAAGCAUUGCUUUCAGCAUUUCUUCUUCACGUCAAAGAGCUUCCGCUAGAGCAACACAUUUUCUUUGCUCCAAUCCCAGGACUCGAAGAAUUCGAAACAUUUCUCAAACAUCGAUCUGCAGUUUGUCGAUGGAAUGACUUUGUUACUGUGGGGUCAAAAAUCGAUAGCAGCAAGAACAGGUUAGACUACUGUACCGCUGGACAUUUCUUGCAAAAAAUGAUACCUUCGAUUAGUCAACGAUCAUUUACGACCCUGGGCGACUUGAAUGGGAACCCCCUCGGCCAUCCGGACCUUAGUACGAGCAAUAUCUUUGUUGAUGAUGAUUUCAAUAUCACUUGUAUUAUAGACUGGGCAUUCUCCUCCACAGUUCCUAUAUCAACACUCCUUACGACUCCAAGCCUACCUCACCCAAGAGAUAAAGUUGACAACACGCUAGUUCCUACUUUCAGGGCCAGUUUCACCCAUCACUUCUUUCAGGGAAAUGAUAUCAAGCUAGACCCUGCAUUCUGGGAAUCUACCCGGAGAGCAUGGCUUUUUACGCGACUAGUGACUCUCGAUGGUCGCCAAGACUAUCAUUACUUCACAGAGCUAUAUGCAUCUGUAUAUAAACCAGAGGAUGAUGUCAAUAUCCCGGAGCUUUUCAAAUGCGUACAGAAGCAAGAGGAGUUUAUAAAACUUGCCAGCACGCUUGCAGAGGAUGACCGUCCAGCAAGUAAAAUUAAAAGAGAUGAAGAGGAGUACUUCCGCUAUUCGGACCCGGGGAAUGAAGCGAUAGCGAGGAAACUUACAAUGGUGAUGGGGUUGAGUAAGGGAUUCGUGGCGGAUAAGAGGCUGUGGAAAUGGAUUGACGAAGCGAUGAUUGCAUCGAUCUUAUGA